AUGAAGCCCAGCUCUAAAGUUUGGUAUACAAUAAAGAGAAGUGGUGAAGAGGAAGCUGUCGCGCUGAUUGAGGAUGCAGGCCGCGUGCAGUAUGAUGACAACAUGAACAACCAGCACAUCCUGAGAAUCAACAACCUGAAGAAGACUGACUCAGCAGAAUACACAUUCAGACUCCAAAAAGAUGACGGAGGAUGGAAGAGUAAUCGACUUGGAGUGACUCUGAUUGUCUCAGGUUUGGAGGUUAAGUUUCAUCCUGCUGUGGUGACAGAGGGCCAGAGAGUCACACUGACCUGCAGUACCAGCUGUCCUCUGACUGACAACACAAACUACAUUUGGUACCUGAACAGUCGACGUCUGACGGAGCCAGAGAGCCAAAACAAACACCUGGUUCUAGACCCAGUCACCAUUCAACAUGCAGGAAACUACUCCUGUGCUGUCAAAACCCACCAAAACAUCAGCUCUGGUGAAAAGACUCUAACUGUCCAAAGUAGUACACGAACAUCAACAGCAGCAGUUGCAGCAGUUGUUGCUGCUCUCCUGGUUAUAAUGACUCUACUCCACCGUGCAGCCACAUCAGGAUCAGGUCCUCUAUUCUGUUGUCAACUUAAGAUCCAACACAACUCCUGA